AAAGUGUUGAUUACGGACCGGUUUUUGUACAAGAACCAGAUGAUGUGAUAUUUCCCACUGAUUCUGAAGAGAAGAAAGUGUCUCUGAAUUGUCAAGCUCGUGGGAAUCCUGCUCCCACAUACAGAUGGCUUCAAAAUGGAACUGAAAUCAAUAUUGAAAGUGACUAUCGCUACAGUUUAAUAGAAGGAAGCUUGAUCAUCAGCAAUCCCAGUGAAAUGAAGGACUCUGGACAGUAUCAGUGUUUAACGACCAACAUAUUUGGCAGUUUAUUAAGCAGAGAAGCCAUUCUUCAGUUUGCAUAUCUGGGAAAUUUUAGUGGUCGGACGAGAAGUGCUGUCUCUGUGCGGGAAGGUCAGGGGGUUGUCCUGAUGUGCUCCCCUCCGCUUCAUUCACCAGAAAUCAUCUAUAGCUGGGUAUUUAAUGAAUUCCCAUCUUUUGUGGCAGAAGAUAGCAGACGUUUCAUCUCUCAGGAGACAGGCAAUCUCUACAUCUCCAAGGUGCAAACAUCUGAUGUGGGCAGCUAUAUAUGCUUGGUAAAAAACACAGUGACAAAUGCCAGAGUUCUGAGCCCUCCUACACCUUUGACGCUGAGAAACGAUGGUGUGAUGGGGGAAAUGGAGUGUUUUGCACUUGGCAACCCUGUUCCAACAAUCUCAUGGAAGAAAGUUAAUGGUCACAAUCCAAGUAAAGCCCGCCUGAGAAAAUCCCAAGCUGUGCUUGAAAUACCUAAUGUGCAGCUAGAGGAUGCAGGGAUGUACGAAUGUAAAGCUGAAAACUCCCGUGGAAGGAAUGUCUUCAGAGGACAGCUACAAGUGUACACCUACCCACAUUGGGUGGAUAAACUUAACGAUACGCAGUUAGACAGUGGAGAUCAACUUCGAUGGGAAUGUAAGGCCACUGGAAAACCACGUCCCACGUAUCGUUGGCUAAAAAACGGAGUUCCUCUCUGGUCACAGAGCAGAAUUGAAAUGGUUAAUGGUGUGCUGAUGAUCCACAGUGUGAAUCUCUCAGAUGCUGGAAUGUAUCAGUGCUUAGCAGAAAAUAAGUACGGCACCAUUUAUGCCAGUGCUGAGCUGAAGAUUUUAGCUUCAGCUCCCACUUUCCCAUUAAACCAAAUGAGGAAAACAAUAAUUAUUACAAAGGGCCAAGAAGUUGUCAUUGAGUGCAAACCACAAGCCUCUCCAAAGCCAACUAUCACUUGGAAGAAAGGAGACAAAGCACUAAGGGAGAGUAAGAGGGUAACUUUUCUUCCUUAUGGGAGCCUGAGAAUCCUGAAUGCUUCCAAAUCUGAUGAAGGACGAUAUGUAUGCCAAGGUGAAAAUGUAUUUGGGUCUGCAGAAAUUGUUGCAUCAGUAUCUGUAAAAGAACCUACAAGAAUAGAGCUGACUCCCAAGAAGACAGAGCUAACAGUUGGGGAAAGCAUUGUCCUCAGCUGCAAAGCCAUUCAUGACAACACUCUCGAUGUCACAUUCUAUUGGACACUCAAUGGGCAGCCUAUUGACUUUGAAAAACAAGGUGGACACUUUGAAAGCAUCAAGGCACAAGCAUCCUCGGCAGAUUUAAUGAUCAGGAACAUCCUGUUGGUGCACGCAGGGCGAUACGGCUGCCGGGUGCAGACCGCAGCAGACGCGGUGUCUGAUGAGGCAGAGCUGCUUGUUCGGGGUCCUCCGGGUCCCCCAGGAGUUGUGAUAGUGGAGGAAAUCACAGACACCACAGCAACCCUCUCCUGGAGUCCUGGUGCAGACAAUCAUAGCCCCAUCUCCCUCCACAACCUGCAAGCACGCAGUCCAUUUUCACUUGGCUGGCAGACUGUGAAAACAGUUCCAGAUGUCAUAAGUGGUGAUAUGGAAUCUGCCAUGGCCGUCGAACUCAACCCAUGGGUGGAGUACGAGUUUAGAGUUGUUGCAACUAACAAAAUUGGCACUGGUGAUCCAAGCGCACCAUCCCGAGUGAUCAGGACCAACGAAGCAGUUCCAAAGACACCUCCAGCUAAUGUAAGUGGCAGAAGUGGAAGACGACAUGAAUUAGUGAUAGCAUGGGAGCCAGUGUCAGAAGAGUUUCAGAAUGGAGAAGGAUUUGGAUAUAUUGUGGCUUUCAGACCCAAUGGGACACGAGGUUGGAAGGAAAAAAUGGUGACAUCUUCAGAUGCCUCGAAGUUCAUCUAUAGAGAUGAAAGUGUGCCACCUCUGACUCCUUUUGAGGUGAAAGUUGGUGUUUAUAAUAACAAAGGAGACGGUCCAUUCAGCCCUAUUGUGGUCAUCUGCUCAGCUGAAGGAGAACCCAGCGCUGCUCCUGUUGAUGUCAAAGCCACGAGUUUGUCUGUAUCAGAGAUACUUGUUGUGUGGAAACAUAUUAAAGAAAGUCUAGGAAGACCACAGGGAUUUGAGGUUGAUUACUGGAAGGACAUGGAGCAGGAAGAAGCAGCAGAAAAAGUCAAAACUGCGGGAAAUGAAUCAUCCAUCCUCCUGACAGGAUUGGAAGGAAACACAUUAUAUCACCUAACCGUGAGGGCAUACAACGCUGCAGGGUAUGGACCACCGAGCACUGCGGUGCGUGCAGCGACCAAGAAGUCUCCUCCCAGCCAAGCACCAGGCAAUAUUAUGUGGAUACAAGAUGGGUCUCACGUGUCUCUUGGAUGGGAGCCAGUCAGACCUCUAGCUAAUGAAUCUGAUGUAAUGGGAUACAAGGUGUUAUUUAGACAAGAAGGCCAGAGCAACAGUCAAGUUAUAGAAACACAGAAAACCUCUGCCGUGGUACUCCUUCCUGACGUUGGCGUCUAUAUUAUUGAGGUGUGUGCAGUCAGUGAAGGAGGAGACGGGACUGCUAGUCCUCAAAUCAGAGUUCCAUCUUUUUCAGGACGAAAAGCAACGAGUGCUCAAUCCACUUUACAUUCUUUCUCUACUUCCUCAUCUUUUGUAAUGUUGCUUUUGGCACUGAUGGUUCCUUCAGCCUCCUGGUGAAGACUGAAAACCUCGUUAUUGUUGUUGCUUGUUUGCUUUAGCUUGAUGACAACCGAGGAUGGAGUUUUAUGUCUGUGGAAAAACUGGCAACCCAAGCUAAUGCUCAAAGACCCAUAGAAAUACCUGUGGAGCACUGCGAGGAAUGCUGGGUACAUAGCCAAUAAUUCAUCAGGUUUUUCUUUUUUCUUCAGUUAUUUUUUUAAAGUCCUCUGGGUAGGGGACACUUUCUGGCCCAAAAAUAUGCAGAUUGUAUGUAACAAACUUUUGUAAGCAAAUGUAAUUUCUGUCAAAUGUACUUUACUUUUUUAAUACAUUUAAUUUGGUGACCCCUGUCAUGUAUCAUUAGAUGUUUAAACAGUGGUGUCUAGUACCGUAUAUCUGUUUGGUUUGG